AUGGUUUCAUUACUCCAAGAUCAAUCUAAUAUUAAAUUUUCUUCUUCGGACACUCUGGAAAGGGACCAACAAGACCUCAUGAAGACACAGGGGGAUUCAGUAUCCCCAGUUCAGCAAACUGAUAAUCCCAGUUACAACUGCCAACCAUAUGAGUCAGACGGCAGGACAGAAAGGAAGAGUUCAGAGUCUUCUCACAGCCCCAGUCCUGCUUCUCCAGCCCAGGAUCCAAUUCAUGGGAGAUACCCUACAAGCCAAGGAAUUCACUGUGGCAAGAACAAAUUUAAAGCAUCUUUCAGUACUGAAAAAUUCAGACGGUACAGUUACGAGGAAAGUACUGUAGGAAAUUAUGACAGGUUUCUCAAGAGCAGCAGAAACCCCUUUCACCCUUACAAGAGGCAAAUCAGCGAAGAUGUCUUCCAGGAAGCACAUCAAGCCCUCCCACCAGAAGGUUCACCCUUCAAAAAUGCUAGAAGCAUCGAUGGUUUUGAAGGUCUACCAGGAUCUACAGGUCCUGACGAGUCAGAGUCAUUUCCUACACACAUUCCGAACAUCUCCACAGAACAACCAUGGUGUAACAGCCUCCAAUACAGCACCACAGGUCAAGAUCACAGUUCACAAGUCAUGCAAGAUUCAGACAUCAAGCUUAGGACAUCCCCACUGGAAGGGCAGCCUGGUUUGUAUUGCUAUCAGCCUCAAGUGCAGCAGAUGUAUUGCCCCUCACACCCUUUCCAUCAGUAUCCCCCAGGAGGCAGCUAUCCUGUGACUUAUAUUACUUCUUCACACUACCCUUACCAAAGAAUCGCUCCUCAAAGCAGUCAAGAAUCCCAGCAGCCUCUAUUUCCCAAACCCAUCUACUCCUACAGCAUCCUGAUCUUCAUGGCACUCAAAAACAGCAAGACAGGGAGUUUGCCAGUCAGUGAGAUUUACAAUUUCAUGACGGAACACUUUCCUUACUUUAAGACAGCUCCAGAUGGCUGGAAGAAUUCUGUACGCCACAACUUAUCUUUGAACAAAUGCUUUGAGAAAGUCGAAAACAAGUCAGGCAAUUCUUCUCGGAAAGGCUGUUUGUGGGCUCUGAAUCCAGCCAAAAUUGAUAAGAUGCAGGAGGAGCUUCAGAAAUGGAAGAGGAAAGACCCAGUUGCUGUAAGGAAGAGUAUGGCAAAGCCAGAAGAACUUGACACACUGAUAGGCGACAAAAGUGAAAAGCUGAGAUCUUCAAUCAUGUCCUGCAGUCCAACUGGUGUUGCAAGUGCAUCCCUUUCCAGACAGAUGGCAGUCCAACCCCAUUCCUUAUGCGAGCCCUCGCUUUCCUCCGGUAUACCACAGCCAUUACAUAGUAUCCACGCAUCAGGAGCUCUACAUGUCAAGAACCCAUUACCAAAUUUGCUCGGGGGGCAGCAAACUGCGUGCUAUACGUCACCACAGGGUUUUCCUCAAAUCUCAAGUACAUUAAUGCAACAGUCACCUGACCCUCAGACCCUAUUUCCUUCUGGGGAGGCUCAAAGUGAACUCAGAACUCAGCCCAGCAUCACCCAGGAUUCUCCACUGCCGGCUCAGACCCCCCCCAUCUGUGGUGUGAAGAUGCUGACAGAGCACUCUACAGCCAGGACAAUGCAGGACACGCUCAUGCAGGAAGGAGAUCUCAGCAAUGAUAUCGAUGCUCUUAAUCCAUCCCUGACUGAUUUUGAUCUCCAAGGAAAUCUUUGGGAAGAGCUGAAAGAUGACAGCCUAGCUGUGGAUCCCCUAGUUCUCAUUUCAUCAUCCCCAACAUCUUCCCAGUGUUUCCCUUCUCACUGCCAGAUGGACAACAGCAGCAGCAGCAACUUCAACAUCCAAAACGGAACUCCACACAGCAACUUACCCGACCUACAGCUCACUACUCUUUACUCUGCCUUUAUGGAAUUGGAUACAGUGUCUCCUGCCUACCUAAGUAAUUCUGGAUCCAAACCUAUAGCACUAAUGUGAACCACGCACCAACCUAAUUAUUAUUAUUAUUUUGUCUAAAUACAGUCCUAACCAUCACACACACUUACCUAUCUGAUUUAUGUCAGCUGAAACUGUGUCCAUCGGAAUAAGAAUAAUCUUUUUCCAGAACUCGCCCGCAGGAUAUGUAGCUUUACUAUGAUAAUUUUCUACAGACAGAUACUAAAAAAAAAUUUUUAAAACUAUUUAAAGAUAAUAUUGUUAACAGCUGAACUGGUCAACACCAUUUUAUCAAGCCACUCAUCUUCUGCAUCUUCCAGAAACAAAUUACUGUAACAGGAAAACAAAUUAUUGACUUUCUUUUCUUUUUUUUUUUUUUAAAUGAAAGCUGCUUGCAAAUGAACACAGAAGUCAAAGCACACAAUAAUCUAACUUAUUUCUUGAAGCCAAUGAUGGCAACAACAUCUGCCAUGGACCACUCAAAAAAAAAAAAAUCUGCAUAUUAAAACAUUUAUAGUCCCCUUGAAAGAAGUUCUGGGUUUCGGUAAACAAGAACAUAAACUGAAAAUUCUGCAAGUAUUAGAAGAUAGAGGACUAGCUGCUGACAGACUAAACCAAAGCAACAAAUAUACUUCAGUGAAAAUUCUAAGUUUUACUGUGUUUAAAAAGAAAUUUAAAAC